AGGCGCGUCACAUCUCACAUCUAUAAUCACUGAAAACAAGCCCGAUCCUUCACUCAUAUUUCCGUAAACGCUGACGGAUCGCUCGGAGUUGUGUUGUGUUCUGGAAGCGGCUGAAACCUCAGAAUCAUUCAUCCAUAAGGUUUGGUCUGGUGCCCCCCGCUGACAACGUCACCCCACACGAACCUCCCCAAAACCCGUCCUCCAAUGACCGAAGCGCGUCCUGAGCCGGUGCAAUAAAACCUCCGUCGGGCCCGUGAGCUGCUCUUACCGAGAAACGGAUCCAUCUGACCGGCAAACCGCACAGAAUAUGCCCCAUCACGACUGACACUGUGGCGCUGGAUAAAAGCCGUCGGAUAUUUCCGAGCGUUUCUGCUCCAGCAGCUCAUGGGGGUCUUAAUCAACUAGGUGGCAUGUUUGUGAACGGCCGGCCGCUCCCGGAGGUCAUCCGCCAGAGGAUUGUGGACAUGGCACACCAGGGCGUGAGACCCUGCGACAUCUCCCGCCAGCUGAGGGUCAGUCACGGCUGCGUCAGCAAGAUCCUGGGCAGGUACUAUGAGACAGGCAGCAUUAAACCAGGAGUCAUCGGCGGCUCGAAGCCAAAGGUCGCGACUCCUAAAGUUGUGGAGAAGAUCGCUGAGUAUAAGCGUCAGAACCCGACGAUGUUCGCGUGGGAGAUCAGAGACAGACUAUUGGCAGAGGGCGUUUGUGACGGAGACACGGUGCCCAGCGUCAGUUCCAUCAACAGGAUUAUUCGCACUAAAGUUCAGCAGCCAUUCAAUCUUCCUCUGGACAGUAAAGGUGUCAGUCCUGGACACACACUGAUUCCCAGCUCAGCCGUCACCCCUCCGGAAUCUCCUCAGUCGGAUUCUCUAGGCUCCACAUACUCCAUCAGCGGACUGCUGGGAAUCGCACAGACCAGCAGCGACGGCAAGAGAAGCCACGACGACAGCGAUCAGGAGAGCUGUCGGCACAGCGUGGACUCUCAGAGCAGUGGUGGUGGAGCCCGGAAACAGUUGAGAACGGAUCACUUCCCCUUGCAGCACCUCGACUGCGGAUUCCAGCGUCACUACAGUGCAGACGCAUUCAGCUCAACUGGGGCCGGGAAAUCAGAGCAGUCACUGUAUCCUCUCUCGCUCAUCAACGGCAGUUUGGAAGAGGGUAAAAGUGGCUCCACUCUCAGUCGAAACAUGGCAGCACAUCAGGGAUAUACGGUGGUUGCAGAAGCCCUACAGCCCCUCCCACUCUGUCUGAAACAGGAAAUGUCCCCCGAGGUGAACAGCUCAAGCCCCUCCCCCAACAUCAUCCCUAAUUCAGCAUUCCUGGAGCUCGCGUCCAUCUCGGCUCCAUCAUCCAUGUCCAUCAGUAACAGUUGCGCCGGCUCCGCUCAUUUAUCUCAUGGCUUCAGCUCAUUUUCCCAUCAUGCACCUGUGCAGGGGCAGUUCAGCAGCCCGUCUCUCAUUGCAGGACGAGAUGUGGCGAGCUCCAUGUUGCCCGGUUACCCUCCACACAUCCCUUCAGCCACUCAGACGGGUUUCUCAUCGUCCACCAUCACAGGAAUAGUUGCAGGUCCAGAAUACCCGGGCCAGACAUACAGCCACUCGCCGUACACCUCCUACAGUGACGCCUGGAGAUUCACCAACUCCACUAUCUUAGGUUCUCCGUAUUACUACAGUUCAGCGUCUCGAGCGGCUCCUCCGUCCACUGCCGCAUACGAUCAUCUCUAGAGAACCAGACCUAGAAACAGAAGAACGGACAGAGUAUUUAGUGGAUGAAGAAAACAUUCAAACAUAUUCAUGGACGACACCUUUUGUUGCCUGUAUUUAUUCCCUGUUCACAGCCCGAGUGAAGACAAUUUACAGAACAGACGUUUACAUGUUGAUCAAGAACACUGUCCACCAGUCCAGAGAGUUUGUUUUCUUGUAUUUAUAUUUCUCUGUAGCCAAAGACAUGAACUGUUCUCAGAGAUCCAUCAUGACCAGAAUCAAAUUCCACAAGAGACAUAAUAAUAUUUGUUUUCAGCACAGAUUUGAUAUACAAAAUCUAAGUGUACAACCUGAACACUAGCAAAACUAUAUCCACACAAUUAAGCCAAUAAGCAGUACAAAUAUUCUGAACUAAUAAUAGCCUACUAAGGAACACAAAGUAAAAUGCUUGAGGGAUUUAUGAGUAAACAUGGUGUUGGGCAGGUGUAAUUUGAUUGAAGGAUAAAAGGAUUGAUAUCUAAGGGACUUUGAGCAUUUUCUAAAGCUGUCCAUCACACAUCCGAUAUUCAUAUGAAAAGGACGCAGUGUUGUACAGUUUUCUUUGGUAUUUGCCGUAUUUCACCAUCUUUCAACCAAUCCAAUGGAUUAUCAUGUAACAGCACAGUCAGAAGUAGUGUUCAUAUUCAUUUCAAAACCAUUACAGGUGUUUCAUGUCUUGGGGCAAUAUGUACAAAAUGUAUAAAAGGCAAAACCCUAUUAAAAAUGACAUUCUUUUAUAUUCUACACGUGAUUAUUAGGGCUGAUCUCUGUGGGCAUUCAGUAGUUUAGAAAAGUUCAUAUCUUCUAUUUCUGUGUUUAAGUGUGUUUUGAGUUUCAGAGAUUAAGUUUUAUUGUUCUGUCAAUUAUAUUAUUCAAAUGUAAAUUAAUAAUUUCUACAGAAUUAUUUUGAAUUAAAUAAAGCAUGACAAAGUGA